GGAGCCGAUCUGGACCAGGACGAUCCAACCAUCCCCAACGAGUCGCCCCCCCCCGGCACCAAGAGUAUCCACACUCGGCCGACAGCUUCCAUCCGGGCCAGACCAAGUGGGUCAACAGCAAGGCGCACAACCCCCCUGCAUCCACCCGACCAGCCAGCCUUACUCGACCAAGACGCGAGCCUGCAGAUACCGAUCACUUGCCCAUACGCAACCUCACCGAUCGAUCCGACAGAAUCAAUGAGCUCCGUCGCCCGAUACAAGGCUGCAUGCGCGAUUGCGGCUCCUCCCAAGGAGCUACGAGGGCACCAGCAGAAAGUGCACUCGGUAGCCUGGAACUCCAUCGGCACCAAGCUGGCCUCAGGCUCCGUCGACAAGACCGUGCGCAUCUGGUCGCUGGACAGUCGCCUGAACCCAAGCAAGGACUCUGUUGAACUGAAGGGACACACUGGAGAUGUCGACCAGCUCUGCUGGGACCCAACCAAUGCCGACCGACUCGCCACGGCCUCUGUCGACAAGACUGUUCGGAUCUGGGACAUGCGAUUGGCCUCGUCGCGGGCGGCGCUAGUGAUACCGACAGUCGGCGAGAACAUCAACAUCUGCUGGAGCCCCGACGGCCGACACAUUGCCGUCGGCAACAAGGACGAUGUGGUCUCGUUCAUCGAUGUUCGCGGAGGAUCGGGGACAAAGAAGGAGUACAUAUGGCACAGGAUGAACAACGACAUUGAGAUCAACGAGAUCCGCUGGAAUUACGCCAACGAUCUGUUUUUCCUUACCACGGGCCAAGGAACAAUCAAGGUCCUGGGCUUCCCAUCCUUCGAAUUGGUCCACUCUGUCAAUGCCCACACCGCCAACUGCUACUGCCUCGAGUUUGAUCCAAGGGGAAGAUAUUUCGCCACCGGAAGCGCCGACGCUAUCGUCAGCCUGUGGGAUCUGGAGGAGUACGCCUGUCUGAGGACAUUCUCGAAUCUGGACUGGCCAGUGCGCACCAUCAGCUUCAGCCACGAUGGCGAGCUGCUUGCGUUUGGCUCCGAGGAUCACAUUAUCGAUAUCUGCCACGUCGAAACGGGAGAGCAGAUCCAUACCAUCGCCAGCACAGCCGCCACCAACACGGUUGCAUGGCACCCCAACCGAUACAUCCUUGCCUAUGCUGGAGACGAAGUCGAUCGGAACAAGCAGCACGAAGGGAAUCUCAGAAUAUUCCACAUGUCAUCAUCAAGCACUUCUCAGAGCACCUCCUGAGGGCGCUUGGCCCAAGCGACAUAGCAAAUACACGGCCC